AUGGGAACUAGUAAAAGCCGCGUCUUUCAUCCUGUUGCAGGUAGACUCAUAUUGGAAACAUCCACCCGACAAGGUCUGUCUAACCGCUCCCAGCCUGCAGGAUAA